AUGUACAGAGGAAUUGGAAUUCUAUCUCCAACCUCGUAUCUUGAGAACUCAAAUUGGUUGUUUCAAGAGAGCAAUGGAACCGAGUGGACUGCAGAAGAGAACAAGCAAUUUGAAAAUGCUCUUGCUCUUUAUGAUAAGGAUACUCCUGAUCGAUGGUUCAAGGUGGCAGCUAGGAUCCCUGGAAAGACCGUAGGCGACGUGAUCAAACAGUACAAGGAAUUGGAAGAGGAUGUUACUGAUAUUGAAGCUGGGCUUAUCCCAAUCCCUGGUUACACCAGUAACUCUUUCACAUUGGAGUGGGUUAACAAUCAAGGCUUUGAUGGGUUGAAACAAUUUUACGGUGUUGGUGGAAAGAGAGGCACCUCGACCCGGCCUGCUGAUCAGGAAAGGAAGAAAGGGGUGCCAUGGACAGAAGAAGAACACAGGCAGUUUCUGAUGGGUCUUAAAAAGUAUGGUAAAGGUGACUGGAGAAACAUCUCUCGCAAUUUUGUGACCACAAGGACGCCUACUCAGGUAGCCAGUCAUGCUCAAAAAUACUUUAUUAGGCAACUUACAGGAGGGAAGGACAAGAGAAGAUCCAGCAUCCAUGAUAUCACAACCGUCAAUCUCCAAGAUAACAAACCUCCCUCACCAGACAGCAAAAGCCCUCCAUCAUCAGACCAUUCUUCCACAGUGGUGCAGUCACAGCAGCAUCAAAAGGUGACUGGCAUGAGUGAACAACAAUUUGACUGGAAAUCGCCAAAUGAGGGGCAGCCUAUGGUUUUCAAUUCAGCAAAUGGGAGCACCUUCAUGGGACCAUUUUGUGGGAUUUCUUCAUAUGUACCUAAGCUUGAGGAGCAAAACUUUCUCAGUGGCAAUCUUCAUGGAUCUCAAUUGGGGCAUUACAAUGCGCGUUUUCAGAUGCAAUCGAUGCGAUACCAGUGA